AUGGAGCCCGGCGGGCUCCCUCUUGCAAGACUUAAAGAGACGGAGGCUCGCACGGACUUUCUGACAACAGAGUUCGAAGUUGGGUGCAAGUUGGCUUUGAUGGGAAUUGCGCGCACUGGUCGUGCGAUUGCCGGUGGCUUUCUCUGUUUUUUUGCACGACAUUCGCGGACGACAGACUUGAAGAUCUGA